AUGCCUUCCGCAUCCCCCUCCCCCAUCAAACGGCCGUCGCUUAAUGAACGGACUUCCUCGACACAUUCUCUUUCGUCAUCAGGCAGACAGGCGACGGCUGCUCAUAAGGUCCACCGUCCUCACGUCGUCACUCGGCACUCUCGAAACAUCUCGCAUGGCAAGGGCCUCGGGAAGCUGGGAAAGGUUCACUCGACCGCCAACAUUACCACAGAUCAUCAUCAGCACCAGAGAAAAAGGUCAGGGGGGACUACACCGCCGCAUAGUCCCCGAGCAUCCAUUGUCAAACGUAACAGCUCUCAUGUGACGCUACCGAAGAACACGUCUUAUGGGAAUCUGCGCAAAAACCAAUCGGCAAACGCUCUGGCGCGAAAUGUUUCACAUCCAGCGUUGAAGAAAGUUGGGCUUGCCCCGGCACCCAGGCCAAAGAGCAGGGACAAGCGAGAUGGAGUAUUCCAACUAGGAGACCGAUCAUCAGAUGAUGAAGAACAGGAGGAGGAGGAAUGGGAAGACUCGACCACGCAAUCUCCGGAACUCACGCGGAGCAAUUCGAAGACUUCCACUCCAAAAAGGGCCUCGACACCGAAUGGCGAGCAGAUCCCUCAAAAGGCUCUUGAAUCCUAUGGUGUUCGCGCCGAUAAAACGUCCUCUCCGCCCAUGCCCUCCCUUAAGAAAGGCAACCGAUCGGCCCCGGAUCUUAGGAGAGAAUCGGGUAUAUCACCAUCCCAACUUCCAUCGGAUCCUGCUCUUCUCCACCAAAACCCUCGUGCAUCGCGUGCACCUCCCGCUAUGUCAACAGUAUCUGCUCAUGUUGGACCUAGUCAAAUGAUGCGAAGUGAAUCGUCCAAAUCCUUCACACACAUCUCCCAUGCCGAUGCCUCAUCCGUGAAUGUCACACCGGCGAGCUCAGGUCCUGCUUCUGGUCCAGCCGCCUUGUCUGUCGAUGGCGGCGUUUCGCACUUUCUGCCGGCCGAAACGCCCAACACGCCGCUUCAAAACAUGGCAGACGGCUCUGACGAAGAUUCGCCAUCGAACUUCCUCUCCAACUACAAGCCACAACCGUCGGAAUCGCCUGAGAGUUCAAAGACGAUCCACAAGGCACGACUACCACAAAAUCCCUCUCGCACCCAACAAAGACUCGAGCUCCAACGAAGGGAGAUGCUGCGCGCUGUUGCCGCCACGCCCACGACUCCGCCGGCUACUGGCCUGGGCCUCCCUAUGGGUUCAUCCACGUCUCUACAAAGCCGCCAAGGCUCUAGAAAUCGGAAUCGAUCGCUGGCAGGCGAACUCAAGGCCGUGAAGCAAGACUAUGGAAGCGCGGUCAAGCACUUAAUGGUUGUGCGAAGAUUCCGAAGUCCCAUCAUUGACAGUAUGAGUAGGCUCAAGGAGACCAACAUUGUGCCGGCAGAAGUCGGCGUGGCGGCUCCUGGUACGACGUCUAAAAGCAGGCCACAAAGUCGCCGUGGGCCUAGCAUGGCCAACGUCAAUGGCCAUGCAAAGACUGGCGUAAGUCGCAGUUUGGAGGACGGGAACUCGUCGCCGUUGGCGUCGCAUCCUAGAACCAAGACUCGAGGGGGGAGAGUUCAUUUCCAGCGACAGAGCAGUCAUGAUGACAUUGAAGUUACACCUUCCCAAGGAAGCCCAGACGAGAACCAAAUCGACGAUCAGGAAGGACUCCCACCUGAGGAAGCCUUGAUCCGACGAAUCUGGGAUAGUCGAGAGGUUUAUGAUGCGGGAGAACAUUUGUCGACAAGAUAA